AUGACAAGUUUUUUGGCUGCAAAACUCACCGUAGAGGCUGCAACACUCGCCGCAAAGGCUGCAAAACUCGCCGCAAGGGCUGCAGAACUCGCCGCAGAGCUGCCAAACUCACCGCAGAGCUGCAAAACCCGCCGCAAAGGCUGCAGAACUCACCGCAGAGCUGCCAAACUCGCCGCAGAGCUGCCAAACUCGCCGCAAAGGCUGCAAACUCGCCGCAGAGCUGCCAAACUCGCCGCAAAGGCUGCAAACCUCACCGCAAAGGCUGCAGAACUCGCCGCAGAGCUGCAAAACUCGCCGCAAAGGCUGCAAAACUCGCCGCAGAGCUGCAAAACUCGCCGCAGAGCUGCAAAACUCGCCGAAAAGGCUGCAAAACUCGCCGCAAAGGCUGCAGAACUCGCCGCAGAGCUGCCAAACUCGCCGCAGAGCUGCAAAACCCGCCGCAAAGGCUGCAAACCCCACCGCAAAGGCUGCAGAACUCGCCGCAGAGCUGCCAAACUCGCCGCAGAGCUGCAAAACCCGCCGCAAAGGCUGCAAACCCCACCGCAAAGGCUGCAGAACUCGCCGCAGAGCUGCAAAACUCGCCGCAAAGGCUGCAAAACUCGCCGAAAAGGCUGCAAAACUCGCCGCAAAGGCUGCAGAACUCGCCGCAGAGCUGCAAAACUCGCCGCAAAGGCUGCAAAACUCGCCGCAGAGCUGCAAAACUCGCCGCAAAGGCUGCAACACUCGCCGCAGAACUGCAGAACUCGCCGCAGAGCUGCAAAACUCGCCGCAAAGGCU